GUUCGGAUGUCGGGACCUAAAACACAACUAAAAACGGCCUGGAAUAAGCUAUAGCAACCCACCUUUACCAGCUUACCUGCAUACCAACUUGCCGCUUGCUUACAAAACCUGGGAAGCUUUCCAAACUCCGAACGGUAAUGACCGCCACUUUGCACCCUCCACUAAAAUUUCCAGAUCGACAUCACCAUCCUUCCAUCCAACUCUUACUAAUCGCAUUUCCCCUUCUGCGUUUUCCCUACUUAGGUAUCCUUUUAAACUUCCGUCAAUGCUACACCUUAUUGCGCAAUUGGAGUUCCUUACCUUUUUUAAGCAUCUACUAUGAUCUUUGUCAUCCGAACUUCACCUUAACGCGGUCAUGCGAUUCAGUGACCACUCCCAGCAGGUCCUGCAAUCGACCGGCUCCUUCACGGGCUACAGGCCUCUUCGCGAGCUUGGAAAGGGUUACCUUAGCGCAACAGAUCAUUUCAAACAACCACUAUGCGGUAACGAAGAAGGAUGGGGGCCUUUGAGUCCCUUCAGAUAUGAUUUCACCCCGUGUUUUAUUGACAUUUGGGUCUUUGCCGUAGCUGUCUUUGGUAUCGUAUGUGGUGCCCUAGCGGUGUGGUAUAUCUUACGCAGGCAGAAGCCUGCGGAAGUUUCCAAAGAUUGGCACUUCUGGACAAAACAGUCCCUACUCGCCGUUAUCAUCGCCGACACCAUCGCGCAGCUCGUUAUUCAGAUUAUCAAAUACCCUGGAAUAUGGCAUGGCGAUUUUCGAGUUCUCACAACAAUCCUUACCAUCAUCUCGCUCGGUGUUAUUUUCACGAUUCAAUGGCUCGAACACGAUCGCACGAGGAAUGCUAAUGGUGUUGUACUGUUCUUCUGGCUGCUUCUCUUAAUCGCGUACGCCGUGAAGUUAAGGUCUUUGAUCUCCCAACAAAUUUAUGAUAAGAAUCUUCCAUACUUCGUGACCUAUACUCUCGGGUUUGGCCUCUCUGCUAUUGAAUUUGCCGUCGAAUGGUUAUGGCCCAAGAAAACAAGCGCCUACGAAGCCUUGAUCGACGAGGAAGGAGAGGAAUGCCCGGUGGAAUACGCGACGGUUUUCUCCCGCCUUACUUUUUCGUGGAUGACCCGUAUGAUGAAGCAUGGAUACAAGCAAUAUCUCACCGAGGAAGAUCUAUGGGGUUUAUCCCCUAACGACAAGACCUCUUCAACAGGACAGCGGUUUGAACGAGCGUGGGAAUAUCAGUUGAAACACAAGAAGCGUCCUUCGCUUUGGAUAGCUUUAUUCCGCGCUUAUGGCACGCCUUACCUGAUUGCAAGUAUCUUUAAGGUCAUUACCGAUAUGGCGGCUUUCACACAACCUCAACUUCUACGUUAUCUCAUAAGUUUCGUUAAAUCUUAUGGAGAAGGAAAGGAGCCUCAACCUCCUAUUAAGGGCGCUGCUAUUGCCCUAGCUAUGUUCUUCGUCGCUGUUGUGCAGACGAGCACUAUCCAUCAAUACUUCCAGCUUGCGUUUGUCACAGGAAUGCGCAUUAAGUCGGGUUUGGUAUCUUCCAUCUAUAAGAAGUCAUUGAAACUUUCAAAUGAAGGACGAUCUACAAAAACAACAGGAGAUAUUGUCAAUUAUAUGGCCGUUGAUGCGCAACGUCUUCAAGAUCUAACCCAAUUUGCCCAACAGCUGUGGUCAGCUCCAUUCCAAAUUACCAUUUGUAUGAUAUCGCUAUAUCAACUUGUUGGAUGGUCUAUGCUUUCUGGUAUUGGUGUUAUGCUCAUCAUGAUACCCAUCAAUGGCUUCAUCGCAAGACUAAUGAAGACCUUACAAAAGACUCAGAUGAAAAACAAGGACGCAAGAAGUCGUUUGAUCGCCGAGAUCAUCAACAACAUGAAGAGCAUAAAGCUCUACGCUUGGAGCACAGCUUUUAUGAACAAACUCAAUUAUGUUAGAAAUGACCUCGAGCUGAAGAACCUCCGCAAGAUAGGUGCAAGUCAGGCAUUUGCCAAUUUCACUUGGUCUACUACUCCGUUUUUCGUCUCAUGUUCAACUUUUGCCGUCUUCGUCUGGACCCACGAUAUUCCAUUGACCACUGAUAUUGUUUUCCCCGCCCUUGCGCUAUUCAAUCUACUCACCUUCCCACUUGCCAUCUUACCUAUGGUCAUCACAUCGAUCAUCGAAGCUUCAGUUGCUGUCGGCCGCUUAACAGAGUAUCUCACCGCCGAAGAAGUUCAGCCCGACGCAGUCAUCACUAGUGUUGCUGCAGAGGAGCGGGGGGAGGAUUCAGUUGUCAUUCGCAAUGCGACGUUCUCAUGGAACCGCCACGAGUCCAAGACUGUCCUCAAAGAUAUUAACCUCAGUAGUCGCAAGGGUGAACUUACGUGUGUAGUUGGUAGGGUCGGAGCAGGGAAGUCAUCUCUUCUACAAAGUAUUCUUGGUGAUCUAUGGAAGAUAGAAGGUGACGUUCGUGUCCGAGGCUCAACAGCAUAUGUCGCUCAGCAGCCAUGGAUUAUGAACGCAACUGUGAAGGAAAACAUUAUCUUUGGGCAUCGAUACGAUUCAAAUUUCUAUGAAAAGACUGUUAAGGCCUGCGCACUUCUUGCCGACUUCACGCAGCUACCUGAUGGGGAUGAAACUGUUGUCGGCGAAAGGGGUAUUUCUCUGAGUGGUGGUCAGAAAGCUCGUGUCGCCUUGGCGCGUGCAGUAUAUGCACGAGCUGAUAUUUAUCUUCUCGAUGACUGUCUAUCUGCAGUGGACUCCCACGUCGGUAGACACAUUAUUGAGAAUGUACUCGGUCCGAAAGGUCUUCUCAAUUCCAAAUGUCGUAUUCUAGCAACUAAUGCCAUCUCGGUACUUCCCGAAGCCGAUUACAUCUAUCAACUCAAGGACGGCGAAAUCGCUGAGAAUGGUACCUUCCGACAGUUAGUAGCUAUGAAAGGAGGUAUCGCAGAACUUAUUAAAUCAUCCGGCCAAGAUUCCGGUCCAGCCUCCUUAGAUGCUAGUCCCGAGGGCUCUGGAAGCGAGACAUCUACCUACAUUGAGACGGAUAACACCCAGGACAAAGAAGAAAUUGAAGAGGCCCAGGAAGGAAUUGCUGAGUUAGCGCCCAUUAAGACUGGGCCUUCAACAGGUUCCGCCCAAAAGCGGUCGGGAAGUAUGUCGACCUUAAGACGAGCAAGUGCCGCCAGUUUCAGAGGCCCAAGAGGUAAACUUCAAGACGAGGAAGAACCGAGCGCCAAGACGAAGCAAGCCAAAGAGCAUUCCGAGCAAGGGAAGGUCAAAUGGGAUGUAUACCUCGAGUAUGCUAAGACUAGCAAUCUGGUGGCCGUUGCUAUAUAUCUUCUCACUCUGGUUGCUGCCCAGACUGCACAAAUUGCAGGUAGUGUCUGGCUGAAAAACUGGGCAGAAGUGAACGGGAAAGCAGCAGCCAAUCCUCAUGUUGGAAAGUAUCUCGGCAUCUAUUUCGCUUUUGGCGUUGGUUCAUCUGCCUUGACAGUCGUUCAAACACUUAUACUCUGGAUUUUCUGCUCCAUCGAAGCCUCGAGGAAGUUGCACGAGAGAAUGGCUACGGCAAUCUUCAGGUCGCCGAUGUCUUUCUUUGACACUACCCCGGCAGGAAGAAUCUUGAACCGUUUCUCCAGUGACGUUUAUCGACUAGAUGAAGUUCUAGCUAGAACCUUCAACAUGCUUUUCGUCAACUUGGCUCGCUCAGGAUUCACUCUAAUCGUGAUCUCGGUCAGCACACCGGUUUUCAUCGCAUUAAUCAUACCGUUGAGCGCGGUAUACUACUGGGUACAGCGAUACUAUCUCCGAACAUCACGGGAACUUAAGCGAUUGGAUAGUAUAAGCCGUAGUCCUAUAUAUGCACACUUCCAAGAAUCACUAGGCGGCAUAAGCACAAUCCGAGCAUACAAACAACAGGAACGGUUCGAGCUUGAGAACGAAUGGCGAGUCGAUUCAAACUUGCGGGCUUAUUUUCCAUCCAUCAGUGCAAACAGAUGGCUAGCCAUUCGAUUAGAAUUCCUCGGUGCCGUCAUUAUUCUUGCGGCUGCAGGAUUUGCCGUCGUCUCCGUGACGAACCAUAGUGAUCUCAGUGAGGGGAUGGUUGGCUUAGCCAUGUCAUACGCCCUACAGAUCACUACGUCAUUGAAUUGGAUCGUUCGUCAGACGGUGGAAGUAGAGACGAAUAUUGUCUCCGUGGAGCGAAUCCUCGAGUACGCACGCCUACCGAGUGAAGCUCCUGAAAUCAUCCACAAACGCAGGCCGCCGAUUGCUUGGCCCGCCAACGGAGCGGUCCGCUUCCAUGACUACAGUACCCGCUAUCGUGAAGGAUUGGACCCAGUACUGAAGAAUAUCAAUUUGGAUAUUAAGUCGCAUGAGAAAAUUGGUGUCGUAGGACGGACGGGGGCGGGCAAAUCCUCUUUGACAUUAUCACUCUUCCGUCUGAUCGAACCGAUCGCUGGAAACAUAAGCAUCGACGAUCUUAAUACGUCAACCAUUGGUUUAUUGGAUUUGCGAAGGCGUCUUGCUAUCAUUCCGCAAGACGCUGCUCUCUUCGAAGGUACAGUCCGGGAUAAUUUAGACCCAGGUCAUGUUCACGAUGAUACAGAACUAUGGAGCGUACUUGAUCAUGCACGAUUGAAGCAGCAUGUGUCAAGCAUGGAAGGCGGACUAGAGGCCAAGAUCAAUGAAGGAGGAUCGAAUUUGUCAGCAGGCCAACGACAGCUAGUCUCCCUAGCUCGUGCUAUGCUUACACCAUCCAAUAUUCUUGUGCUUGAUGAGGCAACGGCGGCUGUCGAUGUGGAGACAGAUGCCAUGCUGCAAAAUACGUUACGCUCCUCGAUCUUCGCGCACCGCACUAUCAUCACAGUGGCCCACCGUAUCAACACGAUCCUCGACAGUGACAGGAUCGUCGUCCUUGAUAAGGGUGAGGUGGCUGAAUUUGAUACGCCGCAAGCGCUUAUUCAGAAGAAAGGAAUGUUUUACAGUUUAGUCAAGCAGGCUGGGCUCGAUACAGAAUAGUUUGCGCCUUGGCUUGGAUCGAGACCCGUUUGCAAUAUCCUGUUUCAGCAUACAUUCAUACAAUACCCCGGAGCACAUGUUGAGUUACUAAAAAGUUUAGUCAGCCCACGUUACUUAAGUGGCUGCUGUUAUACCUGUUUGGACUUGUGUAUAAACCCUGUAGGAAAAAGCAAUAGUACAAUAAAAGCAUGCAUUCAAAGAG